AUGAGUGAACCAACCGAAACCAAAGUGCCUGGCUUGAGUACUCCAGCUUUGACAAAUGGAGAAUUCACUGAUGCAUCGGCCGAAAUGCCACCCAAGGUGGAUGACGCUGAGACCCACAACACCUCGUUACUAGAGAUCGCCAAUGAACUAGAUGGAAACAUACAGCAGAUAUUGGAUUUGAUGGAGAAGAACGAUAAAGAUGUGUACCAGCAGUUGGACGAUAUCAGUGAACGUAUCGAGCACAACUACUACAUGGCACCCAAACGGUCUAAGAACCAACUUCGACGCGAGAAAGCCAAGCUACGAAAGCUUCAGAGCUCUACAGAAAAUGCAACAGCACAUCCUGAAGCCGUUACGAAGAAACAUGACGACGAUGCCAACGGUUCACCACUGCUAGCGAAGCCUGAAGCUGACAAUGAACAGACUAAAGAGACCUCUAUCGUGCCUGAGGCUAGUGAAAAGAUAGAUUCGGUCGAUGCUAAACCUAAUGAUAAACCUGACGCUGUCAAUGGAAAUACCAAGUCUGAUGUCUUGCCUCUUGAUGAAGACUUGGCUAGUGACUUUCAGCAUGUUUUUCGAAGAUUUGAGGAGCCGUCUGCCCCAAAACAAUCUCUUCAAGUUACGAAAUCCAACACAGAAUACUAUUCGGACUCCUCUUCUGAUGAUAGUCUGGAUGAAGAAUUCGAGAAGCCUCUCUCGAGAAGGCAACAGCGCCUAAGAAACAAAGUAUCCAUCGCAGAGCUCAAGGCAUCGACAGAUAAACCCAAUGCUGUGGCGUGGUAUGAUGCUGAUGCUCCAGAUCCAUAUCUUUGCGUGGCUUUCAAGACGUCGUUCAAUGCUGUUGGUGUUCCAUCGCAUUGGCUGCAAAAGAAAGAUUAUCUCUCUGGCAAAAAGGGAUUCGAAGUGCCUCCUUUCCGACUUCCAAAAUACAUCCAAGAUACUGGUAUCGCUGAGAUGAGAAACUAUGACCCUGAUACUUUGAAGAAACAACAACGUGAAAGGGUCCAACCAAAGAUGGGCAAGCUUGAUAUUGAUUAUCAGAAGCUUCAUGAUGCAUUUUUUAAAUUUCAAACAAAACCAAGACAUUUAAAAUUUGGUGAACUAUACUGGGAGGGCCGUGAAAAGUCUGACCAGUAUCGGGAAAGCGUUACACAUAUGCGACCAGGCGUCGUUUCAAAAAGAUUGAGGGAAGCGGUCGGACUUUCGCUGAAUGAUACGGAUGUGAUACCGCCUUGGGUCACUCUAAUGAACCUGGUAGGGAAACCGCCAGCCUUUAAGAACUGUAUUAUACCUGGUGUUGAUGUAAUUUAUGAUAAUGGUGGUUAUCGUACUAGCGACUCUCAAGGUUUGAAAAUUAACGAGGGUCAUACUUGGGGAGCCUUUGAAGCUGACAUGGAGUCCGAGUACGAAGACGAAGACGAAGAUGAUGAAGAAGACGAGGAGGAAACGAGCGAUCAAGAAAACCAGGAGCUGGAUAUUAAUGAUGACCAUGUUGAUGAAGCUGAUGAAGCUGAGAAAGUGGAUAUUACUGAGUUCAGCAGAUACAAGACCGACAACAAGCCUACAAACGAAGAGCAAAGUCAUGGUUCAUUAUACAAAGUUUUGAAGGAAAGGGAUGUGUCCACGUCAAAAGAUACUGGCGAACGAAAGGCGGGUUACGAUUUGGCAGAUCAUGAAGCCAAUGACGAUGCGGAACAGAAAAGUAGCUCCGCCGCUCAGGACCAGCAGGAUAACGUGGAUGAUUUCGAGUUUUAA